AGACCUUUCGUCCUCCAUUCAGCGUCCGCUGCACCACACCUUCCCCAAUCUUCGGGGCGCUAUGCCGCCUGAGCCCGCUACUGUCCCGCCGCCAGGGCAGGUCCCUCCAGGGCCCGGCCAGUCAUUCCUGUCUCGGCGCCACCCAUCGGCAGCCAUGGCAGGGUACCUUUCAAUCUGUACGUACAGACCCUGGACAUCCCAAUCCAACAACCUCCCAAGUGCUUUUCUGCUUUAUUACCUUGCUCUUUCACCCAACCCCCUCAGUCGUUCAACAUUGUUUGUACGGAUCUUGCGGGUUAUAGCUGUCUUUGCGCCGUCCCUCGCUUGCGCUAUUCCCUCUGGCGAUCCCCCAGCCGAUCAACCAACACAUCACGCCUUCAUUACAUUGAUCUCUCCAUCUUGACGCUGCUGGCAGCCUCAAGAGUAUCGUGGCAGCAAACACUUGGACUAGGACACUCGCUCUUGCUCAACCCGCCAACAGAAUGCAUUUGACCAAGAAGUUCGACCGGGCCUUUCAAUGGGCGGGUGAGAAGAUGGGCGGCGAGGCGCGCACAGCCCAGCCCGAGGACUUCAAGUCGCUGGAGGCCGACAUGGCCCUUCGCCAGCAAGGCAUCGAGCGUCUUCAGAAAGGAGUGAAUUCAUACGCCCGCUGGAUCAGCCGCCGCUGCGAUGCGCUCGAGGAUCGCGAGCGUGCAAGUCCCACGGGCCUCUUUGGGCGUACAAUGGCCGCCCAUGGUGAAGAAUACGGUGCCGAAUCGGAGCUUGGCAACAGCUUUGUCGCAAUAGGCCAGGCCCACGAGCGUGUGGCUGGCUAUCAAGAGGUUUUCCACGAACAGGUCAACAAUACCUGGGGCGAAAGCCUCGAGAGCAGCGCCUCCAUGAUGAAAGAGUAUCAGGCUGCCCGCAAAAAGCUGGAGAACCGACGCCUUGCCUACGAUGCCAGCACUGCGAAGCUCAACAAAGCCCGUCGCGACGACUUCCGUAUCGAGGAAGAGGUCAGGAACAACAAAGCCAAAUUCGAAGAGUCAAGCGAGGACGUCUUCCAGCGCAUGCAGGACAUCAAGGAAGCCGAAGCGGACAGUGUCCUCGCUCUCAACGACCUGCUCGAUGCCGAACUCGAAUUCCAUGAACGCUGCGUUGAGGAACUUCGACGCGCCAGAGAGACGAUCGACGCAUCUGCUGGCGGGGCCGGUCCUGGGGCAAGAGCUCCUCCCCGUGUCCAAAGAUCAUCGCCUCCUCGUACAAAUACUCUUCGCCCGGCUGUCAGGAGUCGUUCAAACACCGCCCGCUCCUGGCAAGAUCCAAGGUCUAGUGCCGUUUAUGAAGAGCCCGAACUCGAACAGGCGCAAGCGCCAGCUAUGCCUCCUCGUCUACGCAACAUCUCCUCUGGCGGUGUCCGUGGCUUAGCAGCCGCCCCCCCUCAGCCGCCCCGACCUAACAUGUCGCGAGCUUUGACUGCUGAACCGCGGCCAGCACCACGGUCUAGCGCUCCACCUCUGCCGUUGACUCGUGUGCGCACAGAUGGCGCACCUUACGGGGGCAGGACUGACGAUGUGUUUGGUGAUGACGCGUCCACCGCCAGUGGCAGUGGGAGUCCAGACUAUGGCGAACGUAGCUUGAGCCCAGCUACAAGCUAUGGUAGCCUCAACCGCAGCACUGGGGCGUUGGCGUUGAAUGGGGUCAAGAAGGCACCGCCUCCUCCUCCCGUCAACCGGGCCAAGAAGCCGGCCCCUCCCGUCCCUGCAAGGAGAGAGAACUUGAAUUAUUAAAGGCGAAGGCCGGUCAUGGCGUUGAGGUGUUGUCUCAGGUUGUUGCAAUAGCUGGGGGGUUGCCUCCGUGUUUCUUUUUUGGUGUCGGGCCCAAUUACCCUUGAAUAACGUAUAACUGCAUUUUUUGUUUCUUACAUGGAAUGGAAACAGCGGUCUUUGAAAGUCGCGGCAUUUUGUAUUUGUGAAGACAGCACUACGUACACGAUAGCGGGACUCGAUGCUCGAUCAAUGGCAGCAAUUCUGUGUCUACACGCGUAAUGAUUCUCGAACGGGUCAAACGAUACAGCGAACCCAAAUGUUGCUGCACAAUCAAUCUCUAGAUUUUGAAAGCCAAAGGUCUCAUCUUUGUGCCUUGGCG